AUGAAAUUAUAAGAAUCCAUUGCUAUCAAAUUUCCAAUUAAUGAUCGUGCAAAAAAGAUAAAUGAUAGCAAUAAUUGCACCAAUUUUAAAUUAGAAUUUGAUUAGAAUUCCAAUUUGCUAUCUUAACGAAAAAGUGAAGAAACUCUUGCUGUUGAAAAAAAGACCAACAAUUUUACUAUCAUUUCAAAUAUGUUUGAAUUAGAAAAAAAAAAUUUAGAAAUCUUCUUGUAAGUAUAAGAAAGGAAUACUCAAAUUUAAGAACUGUAAUCUCAAUUUGAAUAAUUAAAAAUUAAUUAAGAAUAAUAGAUUAGAUAGUAAAAUUAAGAAAAAGAUGAAUUACUAUAAAAGUAAUUUUAUAUAUUAAAUCAAAUAGUAUUAGUUAAUUAGAAUAUUAAUGUGAAUAGCAGAAAAAAUAUAUUAAAUAAAUUCCAAUGAUGUAAGUAGAGGUUAAAGAAUGGAAAGAUCGCUUUCUUAAUUUAAAUAAAUUAUUUCAUCAAUCUUAAGAAGUACUAUUUAGAAUUGAGGCUGAGUCGUAAACUAGUUAAAGAAGAAUUCAGAAACAUAAAUUCUGA